AUGUUCGGGACUAGGAAGAUUCCGCUUGCUAAGCCCCCACGGGAGGCCGGCUCGUCAUGGCCAGCCAUCGCCAUUGGCGCGUUUGUUGCCUUUGGAGGCGUCCUGUUUGGCUAUGAUACGGGCACUAUCAGCGGCAUCCUAGCCAUGGACUACUGGAGGGACACCUUCUCGACCGGAUACCGCGACCCCCACGGCCAUCUCGAUGUGUCGCCCUCUCAGUCGUCGGCCAUUGUGUCAAUACUAUCCGCUGGCACCUUUUUCGGUGCCCUGUCUUCGCCGUUCCUCGGUGACAAUCUGGGCCGCCGCUGGGCCCUCAUCAUCUCGACGUGGGUGUUUAAUGUCGGUGUCGUUUUGCAGACCGCAGCUACAGCUCUGCCGCUUUUCCUGGCUGGCCGCUUUUUCGCUGGGUUCGGAGUGGGCCUAAUAUCCGCGCUGAUUCCGCUAUACCAGUCCGAGACUGCGCCCAAGUGGAUCCGCGGAGCAAUCGUGGGAGCCUAUCAGGGCGCAAUCACCAUCGGACUACUGCUCGCCGCCAUCUUAGACAACGCCACCCACUUGCGCCAAGACACGGGCUCGUACCGCAUCCCAAUCGCGGUCCAGUUCGCCUGGGCCCUCAUCCUCAUCGUCGGCAUGCUUCUCCUGCCCGAGACGCCCCGCUAUCUGAUCAAGCAGAACAGCAUGGACAAGGCGGCUGUUUCGCUGGGCCGCCUGCGCCGUCUGCCCGAGAACCACCCGGACAUUCUCGCAGAGCUCGCCGAGAUCAAGGCCAACCACGACUACGAGAUGCAGCUGGGUAAGGCCAGCUAUUUCGACUGCUUCCGCGGCGAUAUGUUGAAGAAGCAACUCACCGGUAUGGGCUUGCAGGGACUUCAGCAACUGACUGGCAUCAACUUCAUCUUCUACUACGGCACCCAGUACUUCCUCAACUCGGGCAUCCAGAACCCCUUCGUCAUCUCCAUGAUCACGUCCAGCAUCAACGUCGUGUCGACCAUCCCGGGCCUCUACUUCAUCGACAAGUGGGGCCGCCGGCCGAUGCUGCUGUGGGGAGCCGUGGGCAUGUGUGUCAGCCAGUUCCUCGUGGCCAUGCUCGGCACCCUGACGACGGGCCAGACCAGCGACGGCACUAUCAUCGUGUACAACGUCGACGCGCAAAAAGCUAGCAUCGCUUUUGUGUGCAUCUACAUCUUCUUCUUCGCCUCCACCUGGGGCCCCCUGGCGUGGGUGGUCACGGGCGAAAUCUUCCCGCUGAAGCACCGCGCGCAGGGCCUGUCGAUCACCACGGCGACCAAUUGGCUGCUCAACUGGGCCAUCGCGUACGCGACGCCGUACCUGGUCAACUACGGCGCGGGCUAUGCGAACCUGCAGAGCAAGAUCUUCUUCAUCUGGUUCGCGUGCUGCUUCCUGUGCAUCGCCUUCGUGUACUUCUUCAUCUACGAGACCAAAGGGCUGUCGCUCGAGGAGGUCGACGAGCUGUACAGCGAGGUCGACGCCGCCCGCAAGAGCCGCGGCUGGCGCCCCACCACCACCUUCCGCCAGCGCGAGUCCGUCGCCGAGAAGGACGGCUCCGCCAAGGGUAACUCUAAUGGUGCUACUAUCGAGCAGAGGGAUAACAUCUCUACGGGCGGGGAUGACGGACGCGUGUGA